CUUCCCUCGUCGCCUUGGGACGCAGCAGCUACAGCGCCGGGGAACCGGGCAGUACAAUGUUUCCGAUUGGCAGGGACUAUGGGAGGGUCCUCGGCCUUCCCCCCACCUUCACUCCCACCCCGACCCCAACUUUCACUCCCGUUAUGCACUCUCAGAAUGUUAUACUUUCCCAAAGAGGGAACAUGGAAGAGAAGGAAAUGAAUGAUGAAUCACAGGUAGUCAGGUCUCAGGAAUCACUGACGUUCCAGGAUGUGGCUGUGGACUUCACACGAGAGGAGUGGGACCAGCUCUACCCUGCUCAGAAGAAUCUUUACCGAGAUGUGAUGCUGGAGAACUACAGGAAUCUGGUCGCACUGGGGCAUCAACUUUAUAAGCCAGAGGUGAUCUCUCAGUUGGAGCAGGAGGAGCAAUGGAUGAUGGAAAGAGGCAGCUCAGGGGACAUUCGUGCAGGUGGAGAGAAUAGACCUGAUAUCAGAAAAUCAAUUCCAAACCAGAAUAUUUCUGAUGAAAAUCAAAACCAUGACAUGAUAAUGGAGAGACUAACAGGAGACAGUUUCUGGUACUCCAUCUUAGGAGGACUCUGGGAUUUUGAUUACCAAUUAGAGUUUAACCAAGAAAAUCAGCAGAGACAUUUAGCACAAGUAUCUUUCACCCACAAAAAGAUCACACAGGAGAGAAGCCUUGACUGUAAUAGAUUUGGAGAAAACUAUAAUGUAAACUCAAACCUUAUUAAGCAUCAGAGAAUUCCUUCAAUUAAAAUACCCCUUAAUUCUGACACACAAGGAAAUAGCAUCAAACAUAAUUCAGACUUGAUUUACUAUCAGGGAGACUAUGUAAGAAAGAAUCCUUAUGAAUAUAAUGAAUGUGGAAAAAUCUUCAAUCAACAUAUUCUUCUUACUAAUCAUAUUCAUACUGAAGAGAAACCCAGUGAAUGUGGGAAAGCCUUCAGCCACAACUCAUCUCUUACUCAACCUCAGAUAGUCCUUACAGGAGAGAAGCCCUAUAAGUGUGAUGAAUGUGGGAAAAGAUUCAGCCAGAGGAUUCAUCUUAUUCAACAUCAGCGAAUUCACACAGGAGAAAAGCCUUUUAUAUGCAAUGAAUGUGGGAAAGCCUUCCGUCAACAUUCAUCCUUUACUCAACAUCUGAGAAUUCAUACUGGAGAGAAGCCCUACAAAUGUAAUCAAUGUGGUAAAGCCUUUAGCCGUAUCACAUCCCUUACUGAACAUCAUAGACUUCAUACCGGAGAGAAACCUUAUGAAUGUAGUUUUUGUGGGAAAGCCUUCAGCCAGAGGACACAUCUUAAUCAGCAUGAGAGAACUCAUACAGGAGAGAAACCCUAUAAAUGUAAUGAAUGUGAGAAAGCCUUCAGCCAGAGUGCACAUCUUAAUCAACAUAGGAAGAUCCAUACUCGGGAGAAAUUGUGUGAAUAUAAUAAAUGUGAGAAAACCUUAAGUUCCAGUCCUUCUCUUACCCAGCAGCAUAUAACUCACAGGGGGGAAAUCAUAUGAAUAUAUAAAUAUAGGAAAACUUUUGGUCAGAUCUUUUCAUCCCCUUGAAUAUAAAAUUAUUCAUAGAGAAGAGAAAAUUUAUAAAUAAACUUUUAAUGCAUAGAAACCAAAUAAAUUUAGAUCUUAAAUUAGCAUAUUCCCAGGAGAGAUUAUAAAUAGUGAAAAUAAUUUAUUUUAUAAAUAAGGUAAUAUUGAGUCAUGUUCCAAAUAUGAUAUAAAACUUUUUUUAAUGAUCAGAAAUCUUAUAGGCAAUAAUCUGAAAUUAUUCUCCUGUAACUUUUAUGAUAUAAAGUUUUUAAAGUAUGUAAACAUUGAUUACUUAAAGCAGUGAUGUAGUAUAACCAGUCACAUAAACUUGAAAUAAACAUAAAAGCAAUA